AUGGCGCUCACUCUCCACUUUUUCUCAGCAAUCACUUUGAAUUUAAUUGCCGCUUUCGUAGCGGGCAGUCCGUCGCCGUACCCCCUUCCCACUUUGCCUACGUCACAAUCGACCUGUGGAACGUAUGCCCACUUGCCCUGUAGCUUUGUUCCGGCACCGCCGGGCAUGACCCCAAAAUGUGCCACACCGGGAACGACAUUCUGUGAGAGUAACCCGGACUAUCCUGCGUAUCUCAUCAAGCAUUUGGUGGAAUCGCUCGGCUAUCAACGGGUCCUUGCGAACGAAGAGCAAAUCGAUUUUAACGCCAACAAACUUUUAGAGGAAGAAGAACACCAUCACCACCAUUAUCACCAUUUUUACGCCUCAGUUCAAGCACCGGUAGAGUACUCCAAAGUAACUGGCAGCAAACCGGGAGUGGCUGUGCAGCAAGGAUACAACUACAAUGCUCCAAAACCGAUGCAGCUUCAGAACUCCAUCAAGCCGUACGAACCGAUGCCCGUCCCGCAGCCCAUCUACAUCCCGAAACCGCAACACUCGUUCCACUACAACAGCUUCGUAAAGGCUCCGAAGCUUCCGGGGCAUUCGAGUCCUGGCGGAUACUUUUACCCUCCGCCCGUAACACCCUACAGUCCGGCGGAUUGGUUGAAGCGGUUCGCUCGCGAUCUCUCCGAUCGACAUCGGCGAGAAGCUCGGUUCGCCUCGUUACGCCGCGUUGAUGAAAAUCUCAGUCCGUUCGAUACAGAAUCGACUCCUUUUCGUCCACCGUCGUUCGGGAUGCUGAAUGAGACGUCCUACCGGCAACGGCAGGAACGGCAGGCGGUGCUACGGGAAUCGCUGUGUAGUGUACGCGAAAGAUACAUUUCACCGCAAACGGCGCUCAACACUAAAGGAAACUGGAUGUUUGUCGUGAAUCAGGAAAACACCCGGCAGUUGGUGAAGACGGAGAUCUGCGAGUCAGCGGAAUGCUCCAACCUGUGCAAUUUUCCCAUCAGCUACCGGUCCCGGUGCGAGCAGCGGUACGUUCAGAAGCGCCUGGUGACGCUCGACCCCGGCGGCAGGACUCUUUACGUGGACACCUAUUGGUUCCCGAGCUGCUGUGUGUGCGCGCUGUACUCGGGCAAUUGA